AUGUCCACUGUUGCUAUUUCUUCGCUGGAUUAUUCUGUCUUGGACGAUGGUGCAAUACUUGCUGUCCAAGAUCUGAAAGGAGAAUUACUACUUGUUCAUAGUGACAAGUAUUCUCCGCUCGUCAACCUGAAGGCAAGCAGUUCGCAAAUAAAGGAACAUUUGACCGAUCCUACUUUGGAACCACAGUUUCUGCGACAAGGUCAGCUGUGUUUUUCUAGACCGUCGGGACGCUAUUUGAUUCAGUCCGGUGCGGUUGGUGCUGAGGGUGGUCAGAUGACCGUGUGGAACGCACAUAUAGGAGCAGAAGUGGUUCCAUGGAUUACUUCGAAAUCUUGGAGUAUGCAUCAGAAACCGUUGUGUCGUAUCACCGCUUGUGCUGCGGACAGUCAUGGUCGUAUCCUCUUGGUUGGUGGAGACGAUGGUCAAAUGGCUGUGAUCUGUGCGCAAUCUGGCCGUCUGUUGUCCAAGCCCAACGAUUCGCAGUGCCGUGCUCCGGACCGGUCUAAAAUUGAGUGCGCUUCCUGCAUAAUGUUGUCACCAAUGCAUCAAGCGCCGUAUGCAAAUGUAUUCCGAUAUCUGGGUUCAUUUGGAACAUCUACUGGCAUGCUUCUGAUUGUCAUGUUUUCUGUGAAAAUCAAUUUAUUGUGUCUAAGUCAGUCCUCCCGGAAUGGUGUCCAAAGCCAACUUGAAUUAGUUGAAUUUAAACAAAUUUGGUCCAUGAGUUUUAGUCUGAACCUGGGUAGCAUUCUCUGCGUGGCCACUUCCAAAUUACUGAUUGCUGCUGGAGGUGAAAAAGCGGAGGCCAUUGUUUUGCGUCNCCAAGAAAAUUUAACUGAUAUGGGAGGUUCUGCGGUCACUUCUGUUGCUAUCCGCGGAAAAUUCACUGCUUUCGGAUCAAAAGACGGAGGUCCGUUCAUUGCGGCCGGUUCCUCGGAAGGUCGUAUCCGUCUAUGGAGCGUAUCCAAGACCCUAAUCAGUGAUACCUUGACCACAUUAGAUCCCUCAACUGAAAAGCUAGAAGGUGGUGGUCAACCGGGAAAGUUGAUUUGUGCACAGCUGUGCUAUUCCGCUCUCUCUGCAUCGUCUCAUACUGAAAACAAGCUCAAACCCGAGUCCAACAGAGAGGACGAGUCGGACGAUUCAAAUAUAUUCGCUCGAAUGGAUAUAGAAGGUUUGAUAUCGAACGAAAAUCCCGACUAUUCUAGCGACGAAGAUGUCGAUAUGGAUGCUGAUGAUGACACCUCAUCAGUUAGCAGUACAACUUCUGACGUAUCGCAUCCAGACGAAGCAAUGAAUGACCCUACAGACAUCGUUAGCGUUGGCCAUCGAUUACAACCAGACAUGCAUUCAUUUGAGAAUAUUCCCAAAUUCACACGUGGUGACGUGCGGUCCAGAGGUCUGAGGGCAUCGGAAUUGCGUUUAAUUGUUGGACAAGAACUGGCCGCUUCAGUUAUUGGAAACGAUAGUGGAGCCCAGUUUCGUUUCCGAACGUAUGCACCUUUAGUACUGGAACAACGUGCCACGCUUCAAGGUCAUCUCGGAUUGAUAGCAAAUAGCCUGUCAAGUUCUGUCGCUCACACGGACCAAGACAGUGAGUGCACGCUAGUUAGUGUUGCUCGCGGUCAGAAUUCUAAUAUCGGGUGUGAUGUCCGAUUGUGGCAGUUACCGGCUUAUGGAACUCCGAAGACAGUAGUGCCCAUGAAACACAGUGGUCCGGUUACUUCAGUAGCUCGUUUCUGCAAAGACAAUCGAACAAUCUGCUCCAAAACCAGCCGUCGGCACAAACCUAGUGGCAAGUCGUGUCACCUGGACGCCCGCAUUCCGUGUGAUUUGUUCGAAUGUAAAAAUCACCUCGAUUUUGAUGUGUCCAGCACCGACACAACUCGUGGAUUCUAUCUGCAUUUGUUUCACUGUUGGAUGUCGAGUCGUUGUGUUGUGUCUGAAUACACCGAUGUUACAAACGCUUGA